UGCGAGAGGGGCAGGGAGGGCGCUUCACGCUCGCACAGCCGCCGGCCGGGGCAGGCUGCGGGCGCUUUCCCGCGGGCGGAGGGGCCGGCGCCCGCCGCUCUGCGCGCUGCGGCCCUGCGGCUGGGGUGGCUGCGGGGGGCGGAGGGUGCCGCACGCUCCCGCGGCGGGUGGCGUGGCCGCGCGGCGCCCCCCCGCCAGCCAAUCGGCCGCUUCCUUUCAUUUGCGGGCGGCGGGCCCGGCCCUGCCCGCGCGCUGCCGAGCUCCCGGCCCCGCGCGCCGCCAACCUGAUGGGCGCAGGAUGUGGCUUCGCGGUGACGUCAGGCCCAGAUGUUUGUCCAGGCCACGCCCCCGCAGGGGUCCGGGCGACUCCGAGGAGCGAUAACGGGGAAAGCUUAUUCUACUGUCACAACGCAAUGGAAGGGCUGGGGAAACCGCAUCUUGAUCUUAUUGCGUUCUCGAAAGAACAGCAUUAAUUCAUACUCCAGACAACCAGCUGCCAGUGCCCAGGAUCUGUCUGCUCUUUUUUUUUUCUCAUCCAUUGGACUUCCAACGCUUUUUUGAUUUAGAGACGAGCUGGGUGUUAUCGUCACGAACAAAGUCUGGUUUUGAUGGCUGCUAAAUCAGCCUUUACUUCUACAAAGAGAUCCUAAGAAAUAAGAGAGGAAAAAGUCUGCUCACACAAUCUUUUUAGAAAGGGAAAGAGCAGUGUUGUGGGGUUUUUUUCCCUCUUCUGUUUGGAUUUCUUUAUAAACUUACAAAAAAUGGCAACAGCAGCAUAUGUGGAUCAUUUUGCAGCAGAGUGCCUUGUUUCUAUGUCCAGUCGUGCUGUUAUCCAUAGUCCCAAAGGAGAGCCUGAUCCUCAACCUGAUGCAGCAAUACCUCCUUCAUCGAAUGGAGAAGAUAAGCGGGAAGUCAGAGAAACUGGGAAAGACAAUGGAUCAUCGUUACUUGUGGUAGCUAGCAUUUUAGCUGAUCUCAACCAGCAUGUCCCAAACUCACCCGCUCUAAGGAUGGAAAAAUCAGAAACCUUUGAUAUCACAGAACAAAUACACAUUUCUAUUGCUCCUAAGGAGUUUGGGGAAGAAAGUGUGUCUUCGGCUGGUAAGCGUGGAGGAGGAAGAGCAGCCACACCUACUAGCCUGGCUGCAGUAACUGAGCCAAGUCCCAGACAAAAGAACAAACGCAUGAGAAGCUGGACUGACCCUGGAUCACCCCAGAAAAAGCACAAAUGCCACUAUGUGGGGUGUGAAAAAGUUUAUGGCAAAUCUUCCCAUCUUAAAGCUCAUCUAAGGACCCACACAGGUGAACGACCUUUUGAAUGCAAUUGGCAAGGAUGUAAUAAGAAGUUUGCUCGCUCGGAUGAGCUGGCCCGCCAUUACCGCACUCACACUGGAGAAAAGAAGUUCAGCUGUCCUCUCUGUGAGAAACGCUUCAUGCGCAGCGAUCAUCUGACAAAGCAUGCCCGUCGCCAUGCCAAUUUCCACCCAAGCAUGCUCAAGAGGCGAAGCGGAAGCAGCUCAAGAACAGGAUCUGUCAGUGACUACAGCCGCUCAGAUGCCUCAAGUCCAACAAUUAGUCCUGCCAGUUCCCCAUAGACCUACCUGCACUGGAUGUCAGCACUUUGCCUCUAAUACCUAAUGUGGAGUUUUGUUUGUGUUGCACACACUUAAAAAACUGUUGCUUCCCCUCUUCAGUUCCCCACCCCACCUUUUUUUUUUAAAAAAAAAUCAGUAAAUAGCUGCCUUCCACUGCAAUUUCCAGUCAAAUUUUCUUUACCCAACCAGACAAGUGGCUAUUCUAACCUCAUGGACAGGCAGACUUACAUGUUACACUUUGUGACUUCUGCUGUCUCAAUAUUUCAAACAUUUUGAAACCAUUUACAAAUCUUCUUGAUUAUUCUUUAUAAGAAAAUGAGAAAAUCUAAAAAAAACCCAAACCACUUAAUUCACCUCAGGUGUCAAAGUAGUUUUGUAAGACCAGAUUGCACAGCAUGAGCAUACAUACAUUUACAAAUCAACUGUGUUGGAUUGUGUCCCCCUUCUCCUUUCUCAGGGAUGGAUAUUUAUGUUACACAAUAAUUAUAAUGAAGACACACCCUAACCGCAGCCUUACUCUGUAAAUGUAUUUGCACUCAGAAGCUUUUUGUUAGGUUCUUUCACACACUGGGGAAAAAAUAAAAACCAAACAAUACAAAGAACAAAUCAGUACUGGAAUGUGGUACCAGACUCUUCCAUUAUUUGUUUUCCUGAUUACAAACGUACAUUGAGGAGUGUCCAAACAGGAGUCUUGCCUUUCUUCAAGCUGCUCUCUGCUUUUGGUAGGAAGCUGUAUUUUCACUUCAUGCCGAAGAUGCUCCAAAACCAACUUCCUAUUGCAAAAAUCUCUGUGAGGUUGAUAAACUUGUUUGUUUGUUUCAUGCUAGAUAAAAUUCUGAGAAAAAAAUGCUGAAGAAGAUGCCUUAAGUAAAUAACCUCAGUCAUGAGGAAACAUAUUUACACUGGGUAACAUUUUAUUGCAAGGUGGCAUGGAAUCUCGGAGGCAUUCUGUCACUCUCUCCCAAGUUGUUAAGCAAUCUGCACUGCCUAUUCAGUAUGGGACCAACAGAAUAUUCAAAUCAAACCACACUGACUUGAACAAUUUUCUUCUUUUUUUUUUUUUUUUUUAAUAAACUAUGGAAAUAGCAUAGCUGAACCAAUGCCCACCAAAACUUUUAUCAAGGUACUUACUGUACAGCUGUAUCUUAGAAAGACAAAUUGUCUAAGACCUAGUUUCUCUAUCCUGUUGCCUCACAAUCGUGGUCACCGAUAAAAGGAAUGGAAAAUCAUAAUGUAUCUUCUGACUGGAAAAAUUAAAUACACAUUUUAAAGUUUUAAAAUAAAAGGACAUUUUAGCUCAUCACUGCUACAAAUUUCUCAAAAAUACGCAUACCAGCAUAAAGUAAGGUGCUCUCAUUUCUGAAUAACUGCUUAAUAACAAAAAGGGAAUCUUGGCUAGUUUUCAGUAACUUUCAAAUAUUUGACACUAGACAGAGGUAGAAUUUUUAUGUUUUACAUGGUAGCAGAUAUAGCAAAUGACCAGCAGCAUUGUGAUGUACUGGAGAUCUCAUUGGCAGCAAAUACACUAUGCUUGGUUUGGCUGGGUCUGAUGGUGCGUAUUAUAAAUUCAGGUCCUUUUGAUUCUGGAAAUUUUGGGGUUUUCUUGCUUUUACUGUAGGGUAUAAAUGCAGUUAAGUGUAGCAUGGUGAAAAGUAACUCUCUAUGCCAAACCUGCCAUUUGAUAUCAAGUGAAUGCCUCCAGAUUCCAAAUGAAACUAUAUCUUACUUGCUGCUUUGCAUUGAUCCAAUUUUGCAAGUCUUUAUUGUACUGUAUAUUAACUGUGAGAGGCUAAUAUAGAUUUCCAAGUAGUUUCAUAGGUACUUCCAUAAUAUUUACAUUAUUCCUAAUACUACACUUUCUAUUAGUUGUAUGGAUAGAUACUUAAAGACAGUUCAAACUGCAGUUAUUUCAGUAUUUUUUUAUGGCUGUUUGCUUCAGAUUUCACCUCUAUAAAAAUCAGUUUUCCCCUUUCAACUGGAAGUCAUGUGAGGCACAAUUCUACUGUUUCAUUUCACAGAAAAUGAAAGAACAUCAUAAUGGGUUUUUGCAAGAUGACAAACGUUGAGUUUGUGUGACAAGCUGCCUAACCACUGUAAGUUAGGAGAAAGCCAGAUCUGUUUGCCUCCAUAGAUUUCCUCUUUUCUUCUUUUUAAUCUCAUCUACUGAUACACACAAUUUUAACAACUUGAUACAAUUCAGGUAACAGGAAUUCACAUUCCAAUACUUUCUGUGACUGCUAAAAGUGCUCUUGUGCUGUGGUUAGUAACGAGGCAUUUAAGGUGUCUAGCUAAAGGAAUUCUACAAGUCAACAGUCUUGUGCAUGUACUUGGAAACAAGACAUAAACACAUUUCUCAUUAUUAUUAUACCUUAAUAGAGGGAUUGGGGUGGGGAGAAAGGGGGAGAGGAGAUCAAAAGGAAAACUAAGUAUCAGCGAAAAAUCAUAGGCUUCGUGGUUCACUUUGUUGUAAAAUCAUCUUUUCCAACAAGAGCAUCAUUUAAUCUUUAGCAAAGGAGGAAUCACUCCAGUCCAUUUAGGGCAUAAUAAUUCAGCAUUAAUCAGUAGGUGCAUUACAAACAAGUUGUUUCAAUAGCCUGGAGAAAGAAUAUUCACACCAGGUUUCAUUAGUACUGAGAUUAUGGGAUAUAAAGAUUACAGGACAGCUAUUGUGAGUGACACAAGAACUAUGUAAACUUUAACUCAAAUAGUAAACUAAGGAUUUUAUGUAUAUUUUUCAUAGGUAUUACUAGUAAUUCUCCCAGAUUAAGUAGAAAAAAAAAAUUGGUUCAAAGAUGAAUUUCCAGUUCAGCCAGUUCAUCUAAUAAGAAGGCUGUGAGAUUCUAUAUAGCCAACAUAGCUACACUUUCAGGAAAUUCUCUGAAAUGCUUUGUUAAUAUUUAUUUUUUAAAAAAAAAAAACCACACAUUUUUUUUUACAUCUGAGCUGUAAAUACCUCAGAAUGUGUUAGACUCGCAGUCAAAUUACUGUGUUUUAAAAUCGUAGAGUUUCAAAUAUCUCCAUUAAUCGUUUAAUAUAUGAUAGCUUUAGGAUAAAAUGAUGAAUUACAAACCACUAGUAGUUUCCAAAACUGAAUGCGAACAAAACUUCUCUUACUAUUUUCAUAUGGAAAGAGUGUGUUUGGGGUUUUGUAGCAUCUGCUAGAUGUUAGAAAAGAAGCAGAAGUAUCAGCAAAGUCAUAAGACUCCAUUCUCAUGAUGGUUCCUCCUGAGUUUUGCAGAUAUGAGAAGCCUGAACAGCUCAGAUUAUGUUUUGAAAUCUGGGUGCUUACUCAAACUAACCUCAAAGUUUUACCCUUUUGCUGUUUCACCCAGCAGUGAACCUCAAACAUUCUCCUGGCAUAGCAACAAACAUCGCAGGCUUGGGAAGCACUGCUCUGGCAAGGUGCAGAUGUCUUUGCAGUCCUCCGUUUGGACGCGUGUGCACCUCUCUUGCCUCCUCCCUUCCCCAUGCAAUCUGUUGAGGUGAUUCCCCACAAACUAAAAAAUUGCCCUAUUUUUUUAUUUUUAGUUUCAGCAUAUAACAACAGUUUUAUGAUUAUUAAGAAAGCCCUGGAAGUUUGUUUUUCUCCAGCCAUGAUUCUAGCUUCCUCUAAGAGUUGAGUUUAACUGCCUUGCUAUAGGAAAUGGGUGCAAGUUAAAAUCAUCACAUCACUACCACCACUCGACUGAAAGUAAAGACACCCUUAGAAACUCAUUCAUCCCUUCCAUUAACCUCAUCCUGUGCAAAGGCCUGAAGUGCAUUAAUGGCCACAUGAAUUCAAUUUUCAUCUUGCUUCUUAGAAAGCAGUCCUGGUAAACUCCUGGCAGCUAGAUUUUAUUGUGAGAAUUGUUUAUAUCGGCGAACUAUUUGUUCCUUGCUUUUAUAAUGUAGGCAUACUAUCCGUUUAUGUUAUAUAACUGCAAAGGUAUAUAUUUAUAACAAGUCAUCAGAAGCCUCUGUUUGAUGGUAACAUCUAAUUCCUGUAUAUACCCUACCCCCUGUACUGCAUUAACCUUUGCAAUAACUUUUAGCUAUGAAAGCCUCUGUACACCUUUAAAACCUCAUCACCUCCUGUCCAGACAUUCAGCGCUUUCCAUGCUUCAUGCAGCCAGGCAGCAAAAGGCUGUGCGAAGAGCUUAUCUGUUUCUACCUAUUCACAUUCACAACUGCUUUUCUCCAGUUCUUUGCCAUGAGUUCUAGAAUGUGUACUCUUUGAAGUGCAUUGUUGUUUUGGGAUACACGGUUUGUGAAGAAAGAAUGAGGAAAAUGAACCCUGCAUACUUAAAGCUUGCUUUUUCAUUGCCAUUUGAUUUACUAAUUUCAUUAGGUGAUGCCUACGAACUGACUUUCAGGUGCUCUUUUACUCCAUCACACCACCUGUUUGUGCAUUGGGUGCUAACAUAUGGUCUAUGUCAGUGAAUGGUAUGAUGAAUGUCUGUAUCUUUACCUCUUUGGGGGAUAAAGCUAUAGCCUUAGGCAGAAGAAAAUAACCGAGUUAUACUUGUUUACCCCAUAAGCCAGAAUAUAAAACGCAAAACCCCAUCCACUGAUAUAGGUUAUAUAUAUAUAUAUGGAUUUAUAGAAGCAUAUGCACAUAUAUAUAAAUACAUAUAUAUGUGUAAACUGUAUAGUACGUAUACACAGCAGUGUGUAUAUACUACACACUGAAUAACGAAGGGAUGUCUACAGAACACAAAUAGGUAUCCAUUUCAUUAUGACUAGUGAUGGGUCUGAACCAGAAUCCUAGAUCCACACCAUUGCAUUUGGAAAGUUUGAAGCUGUUUUUUUGAGAUUUGUGGUUGAAUUUCAUCUCUGGUUACAGCUGCAGUUACUUGUGUAUGUAUGCAUUCGGGGGGACGGGUGGGCAUGUGCACACGUGGUUUUUCACAAGCACAUGCCUGUGUGGGUGACAGAGAAUAUGUGUGCCAGUAAGUGUGCACGUGUUUACAUAUAUUCUUCCAGCUUUAGUGAACUAAAUGUUACCGGCAUCAUCUUUACUUCUACAGUUUUAUCAGCAGCACAUGAAUGCUUCCAUGGGUCACUUUUCAACUCUUUAAAUCACUACAUUGAAGUAUUACAGUUGUACAGUUGUAUGUUCAUCUAUUCUUGCUCUGCUGUAACUUUUUAUGUAUUUUGUACUGCAUAGAUUAUAUAUUGUGAUAAUGUCCUAUGCAACAACAAUAACAAAGGAAAAAAAAGGAAAAAGAAAGAAAAUUAACAACUGUAAAAUAUCGUCUUAACUUGUAUGCAUGGUUAGUGACGUUUACAUUUUCCAAAAUAAAACUUAUAACUAUGAAA